AGGCAGUGGGUGCUUGGAAGGUCCCUUUCUCAGACACACCAUGGCUGCACGGACUGUCCCCCACGCCUACCCCAUGAGUUCCGAGUACGAGUUUGCCAACCCUAGCAAGAUCUAUGACCAGAACUUUGGAGAAGGUGUGUCCCCAUGUGAGAUUUUAGCCCCUGCCCUGUACCAUGGCUACUACAUCAGGCCUCGGAUCAAUAAGCAGCUGGACCGAGGCACUUCUGAGAUCAGCCUCAAUGAGCACAAAUUCCAGGUGUUCCUGGAUGUCUGUCACUUCCUGCCGGAUGAGCUCACUGUCCGCACCAUAGACAACCUGCUGGAGGUGAUGGGGCAGCACCCGCAGAAGGCUGACCGCCAUGGCUUCAUCUCCCGAGAGUUCACCAGGACCUACAUCCUCCCUCUGGAUGUCGACCCCUUGCUGGUGAGAGCCACGUUGUCCCAUGAUGGCAUCUUAAGCAUUAUGGCUCCCCGAACAGGGAAGGAGGUGAAGGCCAAAGUCAACGAGGUGAAGAUAACCCAGCAGGAUCAGCCAGUGGGGAAAGAU